AUGUCCGACUUUGAUUACUCUGCUACGUCGAACCUGGGCGGUAGCUGCCAUUCGUAUUCUCCAGAGAUCUCCUCAAGCGUCUCUUCAGAGUUUCCGACGUCCGGUGAGUGGAAUAUGGUAUUUGGAUAUUGCAGUUCAAGCUCGGUGGACAGAAUUCUGAACUUCAAGCUCCAAAAGCCACGGCUGGUUGAAGGCUCUGAUUUGGCUGGUCAUCUAGAAAUAUACUUUGAAGGCUCUUGGGCAGCAGUUUGCGCCAAUGGUUGGGAUGAUGUUGACGCGCAAGUUGUCUGCGAUGAGUUGGGUCUUCAAGGUGGUUCUGCCAGCCGUAUUUCCAACGCUAGAAAUGCAACAUCAGUUCUAGAUGAGGUGACUUGCAAUGGAGAUGAGGUUGGUCUUGGUCUUUGUGCUGGUCGGGAGAUUCCUAUACGACUGGUUGAGGGCAGCAGCCUGGAAGGCGCAGUGGAAAUAAGCUACAACGGUACCUGGUCGGGUAUCUGCUCGCAAGGUUGGGAUGAUGUGGACGCUGCAGUUGCUUGUCGUCAUCUGGGGCUGGUUGGUGGUACUGCCUUCAGCGUGCGAAGAGCGAACGCCUCCGCUCGGAUGACUCAUGUGCGUUGCGGAGGCGUUGAGGCGAGAUUGACAGCUUGUCAAAGUGUUGGACCUCCUCAAGAAUGCUUGGAUGAGGACUUUGCUGCAGUCCGCUGCUUGCCCACUAGCACGACGAGCACUGCUACGAUGACAAGUACCACGACGAGCACUGCUACGAUGACAAGUACCACAUCGACAGGAAGAUUCCAGUGCGAGCCUCCGAGCUUGUUUGGAAGUGAACUGCCAGAACGCGUGGCUUUCCACCCCGAAAAAAACUUCGCCUUUUGUCGCGAGAUAUUCACUGGUUCUUCAGGGCAGUCCGUGUAUGACGCUUGCAUGGAUUUCUGCAAUCCUGCUGGUGAUGCUGCCAAGCUUGCUUUGCAGGUUGGCGUCAGUCCACGUGGUCUGCAUCUGGACCAAGCCAAGGAUAUCUGCACAAGCGAGAUCUUCUUGUAUAAUUCAAGCUUGGCCGAACUCUGCGACGAGCGACGCAAUGCCCUGAACAUCAUUGAAGACAAGGCAGUUGAUUUACUUGGUCAGACCUAUGUUUUCAAGGCAGAGCAACGGGUGUUCAAGGCGAGUAUUGCAAAGGCCUCAGCUGACUUGCAAGAGUAUCUCCGGGGUGAGGACUUCAGACGAGCGAUGGAUGAUGCCAAUGGUCCUCAGAAGGCUAAUGUCAUGGUUGAGAAAGUCCAGGAGAAAGUAAGUCUGCUGACAGGUUCUUCGGAUGAGCUGCGUGAGUCACUGAUCAAGUUAACAACUAGUUCUGACAACCUUGUGGCAGUGGUCGAUCAGCAGCUGAGCAUGUUCGAAGAGUUCGUGGAGAAAUGUGGGGGUGAAUUACUGGCGUUCAAGAAUUCCGCUGAUGAGGUCAUCAUGGAUAUUUGUCACCAGACCGGAAGAAGUUGCUUCGAAACCACGGGCUCUCGCCACAUAGGCUGUUGUUGCGGCUUCAACCCAAUCCUGGAUGCGGAUGAUGGUCGCUCAAGUUUGUGUAGCCAAGCCAAAGCGCAAACAGAGGAUCAGGUCCAAGAGGCCGAAAAUCGACUGAGCCAGCUCGGAGCCAGCGCAAGCUUGCAACUGGGAGCUUCAUAUGCUGAGUAUGAAAGGGUGUGUCGUGGCCGUCGCCUCCAACGCGAAGAUGCGCCUGACGAAUUUCCAAGAGUUAUUGGUGUUAGGCAGCUUCAAGAUGAGAAAUGCCAACGUCUUCCCAAUUGGGACUUUGCCAACACUGCUUGGAGUUUGUGCGAACCCAGAGGGGAUGAUAGACGUGAAGCCAGGAUGCAGAGCAUGCAAGAUGCAUGUAGAGACUUCUGCGAGGGCUCGACCAAUGCAGUGCCACUUCUGAUGGGGACGCCAGAGUUCGGCUUUAAUGCCACCGCUAUGGAACACAUUGCCGCAAGCGUUUUCAUCAAGAACGAUGCUCGCGUCCAAGAAUGUCACGUGUGGUCGCAAGCCUUCAAGGAUGUUGAGCAAACCCUCGCCAGGUUUAUGGCUGCCUUGGAUAUCUUCAACGUAGCCAAGAUGUGGUAUACCAUUCGAUUUCAGGCCACUUCCAAGGAAGUGCAGGAGCUGGUGUCUUCGGCUGCUUUUGAAGCAAACAUAUCUAGUCAAGGCUUCGCAGCCUACAACAACAUCAAGAAGCUCACCCAGACUGGGUCUGCGAAGGAUAUCCAGGAUCAAUUGUUGAACGCCAUCAAUGGAGUACGUGUUGAAGCGUCAGCCUUGCAAAAGAUGCUUUCUAGUAGCUCCGAGCUGAUGCAGCGCUUCCUCGCAGAGUGCAAUGGAGUGUUUCUUGGCCAAGGAUCUAAUGGGGAGCGAUAUUUGGACAUAUGCCGCCAAUUCUUGGACCUCUGUGUGGAGGAAGAGGAAGCCUCGCACGUAGGCUGCUCUUGCGGCUACCACCCCUUCGCCACAUUCGGCAAUCCGCCUGAUUUCAGUAUUGGAGGAGCAAGUGAUGAACUGAACACUAUAGAUGUUUGUGCAGAGGCCUGGACGCAGUCUCUUCCGACUGUUGUGCAAGUUUACCACAAGAUCCGAGAAACUCUUCCAGAGUCAGAGCUCUUGAGCAAAUAUCCUGAGCUGGCUCAGCCUCCAAGCAAAACAUCUUGUCCGCAUCCCCUGAGUCUGACCGGGCAAUACCCCAAAGACGCAGUCUUUGCCAUUCAGCCUCCCGGGGCUUCUGCUGAGGGUUCUUCAACGGCAUCAGGCAUGACUACCUCUACCUUGGAAGACUCUACUGCUACGACGGCUCCUUCAACGACGUCAGGCAUGGCCACUCCGCCUUCAACGACGUCAGGCGUGGCCACUCCGAUUGGUGUCGGUGCGCAAGAGGCGAACGAAGCCCUUCCCAGCGGCGCUCCCUUGGCUUUCUGGGCGGUUGCUUAUGGUUUGCUUGCCUACUCGUGA